CGCGGCGAUGUCGAAGACUUGCUCUUGGACGUGGACCGGUGGGAGUGCCCGGUCUGCGCCUUCCUCAACGUCGUCGACCGCCCCGUGUGCUGCCUCUGCGCUGCCAAAAAAGACUCGCGGUUUGUCGAACCGUCGACCGAAAUCGAGCACUUCAACAAGAGCUACCGCGCCGAGCUGGCUCGGCAGUCGAGCCAGACCCGGCUCUCCAAGCAGCGGAGCAACCCGUCGCUGCUUUUCCGCCAGGCGAGCAAGAACCGAAUGCUCACGCCCAGCGGCAACCCGCGCCUCUCGGGCUUCUUUGGUACCAAGACCAUGGUGCUGCCCGAAGACUUGACCGCCCGCCAGCGCUCGGCCCGCAUGCGCAAGGAGUGGUCGCGCCACGUCGAUAUCCACGGCCAGCCGUACUGGCGGCGGCGGUGCCUCGAUAUCAACCACGUACCGCCGGCCUUUCUCAUCCAUAUUGACCCCGACGACGCCAAUGACGACGGCGCGUCAGCGCUCGACACCCUGCGCGUCAAGCUCAUGUCGCCCGUCCUCGAAGACGCCGAGUCGGCGGUGCCAACGCUCGAGUCAGCGUCGCAGCUCACCUCGAAGCGACUGCUCUAUUCACCGAUCGAAGCCGUCGAUGCGUCGCGGCUCGUCACCGGCGACGUCCUCGCCGCGGGUCUCUGGCCGUCACUGCACCAGCUGACCAAGGUGCCGUUCACGGCCAAGUAUGCGUGGUUCCUCCACCAAGUGGCCGAUCUCGUCUUGCCGUACGAGAUCGGGUACAUUCAGAUGCGCGCGCUUCGCGACCGCGUCUUUGAAGAGGCGCUCGAGAACCUCUUGCACCUCAAGUCGUUUGAGCUCUGCGCGAUCGUGCGGCUCCAGUUCAUGGAGGAGAAGGGUCUCGACGCUGGCGCGGUCCAGCGCGAGUGGUACAUGCUCGUGGCCCAAGCCUUGCUGUCUCCGACGUCCGGGCUCUUUGUGCUGGCCAACCGCGAGGACCACUCGUACAUCCUCAACCCCAACCCUGCGUUUCCGUUUACGCAAUCGAUGAGCCACAACGACGCGUGCCGCGCGGCUGGACGCUUCAUUGGGCGCGCGCUCCUCGACGGCCAAGUGCUGCCAUUGCAUUUGAACGCGACGCUCUUCAAGAGCAUCCUUGGCACGCCACUGACAAUGGACGACGUGGAGAGCCUCGAUGCGACCGUCUACAAGAGCUUGCGCUACAUUCUCGAGACAGACCGCGUCGAAGACCUCACGCUGACCUUCUCCGUGACCGCGUGCGACGCUAACGGCCGCGUUGUCGAGGUCGAUCUCGUCCCGAACGGGUCCCAGGUGCUUGUGACGGACGCCACCAAGUACGACUACGUCGACCGCAUGGUCCGGCACCUUUUGUUCGAGCGCAUCGAGGGCCCGCUCUUGGCGCUCCUCCAAGGCAUCCACGACAUCCUUCCGCCCGAGCUCCUCGUGCCGUUCGACCAUAAGGAGCUCGAGCUCAUCCUCUGCGGCCUCACGGACAUUGACGUGGCCGACUGGAAAGCCAACACCGUCCUCUCGACCAACCUCGAAAACGUUCCGGUCGUCACGUGGUUUUGGGAGAUCCUCGACGGACUCGGUGGGGACGAGAAGGCGCGCUUGCUGCAGUUUGCGACGGGCUCGGGGCGCGUGCCGGUCCAGGGCUUUCAAGGCUUGACGAGCUACGACGGCAAGAUCUGCUACUUUACGCUCAAAGGCAUGCCGUACGUGCCAGGCAUGUACCCGGUCGCGCACGCGUGUUACAACCGGCUCGACCUGCCCAUCUACCCGAAGAAGGAGCUCCUCGAAGAAGCCAUCAAGAUGCUGCUGCUCUCGGACCCGACCGGCUUCAACAUUCAAUAGUGUAGUAUCGUGUGACCUUGUAAGUUAUCCAUCG